AUGAAGGCUCGCGCGUUACGGAACGCCUCCCUCUGUCGAGCGGUCGCAGCACGAACCCUACCGACUUCUAGCUUCUACAGAUCAAUUCGCUCCGCGAGCAGCAUUUCCCAGCGACCAGAAUCAGACUUUGUAUCCUUCCCAGGGGCACUGAAGAGUGCCUUUACCAAUACUCUUCAGUUCCAGCACCCGCAAGAAUGGACAGCCUUGCCAACCUACCGAGUUGUCGAUCAAAAUGGCACAAUUGUCGACCCGUCAUUCAAGCCUGAUAUCCCCGAGGAAACAAUUGUGAAGCUGUAUACAGAUAUGGUCUAUAUCUCAAUACUGGAUGUCAUCAUGUUUGAUGCACAGCGACAGGGCCGCCUAAGCUUUUACAUGGUCAGCGCUGGAGAAGAAGCUGUCCCUGUUGGAAGCUCCAGUGUGUUGGACAGAGAAGAUGUGAUCUUCUGCCAGUACCGCGAACAAGGAUGCUUCCGUGAGAGGGGCUUUACCACUAGGCAAUUUAUGGCGCAGCUAUUUGCCAACAGGGAAGAUAGCGGGCGAGGCAGAAAUAUGCCUAUCCACUAUGGAUGCAAGGAGUUGAAUAUCCAUACUAUCUCAUCGACAAUCGGCACCCAAUUACCACAUGCUGCAGGCAGCGCGUAUGCCCAAAGAAUGGCUAAACUUCGAGACCCUAGCUCAAAACCUCUUGUCACAGUUGCUUACCUCGGUGAGGGUGCAGCAAGCGGUGCUGAUUUCCACGCGGGGCUCAACAUCGCCGCAACUCGUUCCUGUCCUAUAAUCUUCAUUUGCCGCAAUAACGGCUAUGCUAUUUCCACCCCAACUUUGGACCAGUAUCGUGGUGAUGGCAUUGCAAGUCGAGGAAUUGGAUAUGGCAUUGAUACAAUCCGGGUGGAUGGCAACGACAUUUGGGCUGUCCGGGAGGCAGUCAAGAGAGCCCGACAAAUCGCCAUUGAGGAUGGCGGCAAGCCCGUUUUAAUCGAGGCCCUGACCUACCGAGUGUCCCACCACAGCACAUCUGAUGAUUCAUUCGCAUACCGCGCACGGGUAGAGGUUGAGGACUGGAAGCGCCGUGAUAACCCCAUCACGCGGCUAAGAAAGUGGAUGGAAAACAACGGGAUGUGGGACGAUGCCAAGGAGAAGGAGGCUAGAGACCGGUUACGAAAGGAGAUUCUCAAGGGUAUUAGUGAGGCCGAGAAGGAGAAGAAGCCCCCUUUGAGCUACAUGUUCGAGGAUACUUAUGAGAACCUGACUCCGGACUUGAAGAAGCAGAUGAAGAGGCUGCGGGAAGUCAUCGACAAGUAUCCAAACGAAUAUGAUGUGGCAGAAUACGACGGUGGUAAGGAGAGCCUGAAAAAAGAUUAG